AAGUCUUCACACAGCAGUGUUGUUCUUGUUUAUCUUUCUUUUUUCUACAAGAAAGAAGCAAUUACUAAGGUCAUGAACACCUCCGCAAUGACCAACUCUUCACCAAGAUGGCACUCACUGCCAUGGUUUCUCAUCCUUUUCUUUCUUUUCACCACCUUCCUUUUCAUCUCUGUCACUUCCUCUGCCUCUCAAGAUACUUACUAUGAGCACUGUUCUUCAACUGUCGCAGGCUCCAACUCCAAAAAAUUUCCACUCCCAAAAUUGCCACUUCCUCGAACCCAUAAUGGUUACUACACUGGUGGUGAUAAUCUCCACACCCAAAACUCGUAUUCUUACUCUCCCACUUUCUCAAACUCCAUUUCACUUCGCACCAGAGCUGUUCAUGAAACUGAUAUCUCAGGCUUAUUCAAGGUUGAACUGAGUUUGACAAUUCAAGUCUCAAAUAUCUACUACCAAGAUAGGCCUCGAAGAAAUUCAGUAACUUUUAGACUACAAGGUUACUGGUCAGAAUCAAAGGGGAACCUUUGUGCGGUUGGAACAGGUUUUACUUACAACAAAGAAGAUUAUUUGCUCAAGCUUUUUGCUGUUCUGAAGCUCUCUAAUCUCACAAAGUCAACUAAUAUUACUAGUUUGAUUACUGGGACUUUAGAGAGUCUGAGUUCUGAUAAUGAAGAUUCCUACUUUGUUCCAAUUUCCAUGUUGUUGUUUCCUCAAAUGAAGUACAAGUACUCAUAUGUUUCCGAUGAUUCCAAAGCUCGUUGUUCUGGUGGAAGUGAUCAUCUUCCAAAAGGCUUGUCACUUAGUUCUCUGCCAACACACAGUUUCUGUUCAAUAGUCGCAAGGGCAGUCAAUCGAUUCAAUUUGAAAUAUUCAGGGGGUUGCGUUUCUGCAAAGAACUGCAGCAAUCCUUUGGAUAAGAGUAUCGGAUAUGUGCCAAAUCUUAUGUCUUUGAGUGAAAUUGAAUGUUCUGAGGAUAAAGAAAGGAUGCGAGUCCUGGUGGAGUUUGCUAACGGGAGCUAUAUUGAUUAUUACCGGCAUUUCAGUCCCAACAUGACUCUCGUUGGGGAAGGAUCAUGGGAUGAGAGCGAGAAUCAGCUCUGUAUUGUUGCUUGUCGGUUUUUGGGCAUGACACAAUCUUUUUCUGAUGCUCGUCUUGGUAAUUGUUCAACCAUGUUGACCUUGAGGUUCCCUGAAGUCUGGUCAAUCAGAGGUGCUAGUAGCAUUGUGGGACAAAUUUGGAGUGUCAAGGCUAGGAAUGAAUCUGGUUACUUUGAUAAGAUCAUGUUUCAAAGUGAUAGGAAUUAUAUGCGAGGGGAUGCCGGUGUGUCUAGUGCGAAGUAUGAGUAUUCCAAGAUUGACAUAGCGAGGAAGUCAUGCUCAAAUCCUGCUAAAACCAAAGGGAAAGUGUACCCAAAUGCGUUUUCUUAUGAAAUGAGAUUCGACAUGUCAGUGAAAAAUUCCAAAGGAAAUAUAGGUUGGGGUUAUUCUGCCCCAAUCUCUGUUGAUAAUCAUCUCUAUCAGUACUCAAGCUAUGUGGAGUCUGAAGAGCCAGCGAAUUUCACCAGCAGUGGUUCAGUCAAUAUCAGCUACCACAUAGACCUCACAGCGUACUCCACGAUCUCUUCAUUCAACACAUCUUCCACAUUGUAUGAGAACUUUGAGAUCUUAGCUGAAGGGUUGUAUGAUGCUGAAACAGGAAGCUUGUGUAUGGUAGGGUGCAGAACUCUUGGCUCAAACGAUUCUCUGGAUUGCGAGAUUCUUGUCAAUUUUGAGUUCCCUCCAACAAAUAGAAGAAAUUCAGGUCGUAUCAAGGGAAGCAUAAAAAGCACAAGGGAAAAAUCUGAUAGUCUUUACUUUGAAGUUUUAGACUUGUCUGCAAAUACAUAUUACAGGGAUGAAGCCUCCAUUUGGAGGAUGGAUGCAGAAAUCAUCAUGGUACUUAUCUCCACAACACUUUCAUGUGUGUUUGUGGGACUCCAACUCUUUCAUGUCAGAAGGCACCCGCAUGUGCUUCCCUUCACCUCACUUGUCAUGCUAUCAAUUCUCACUCUGGGUCACAUGAUACCUCUUAUGCUCAACUUUGAAGCCUUGUUCCUGAGAAAUUCUCGUAGGAGAAGUAUACUCUUUGACAGUGGUGGAUGGAUCGAAGCAAAUGAGGUAAUUGUAAGGAUGGUUGGAAUGGUAGCUUUCUUGUUUCAAUUCCGUCUUCUGCAUAGAACAUGGUCAGCAAGAAGGGGUGAUGGAAAUCAGAAGGCUUUGUGGAUUGCUGAGAAGAGGGUUCUCUUUGUAGUCUUACCAUUAUGUGCAGCUGGGGCUUUAGUCGCUGUGAUAGCCAACUGGGGAAAUAAUGAAAAUGAUGUUGUGAUGGAUACCUAUUCCUUAAGUACCAAUCCACGUUCUCUUUGGGGUGACUUGAAAUCUUAUGCUGGAUUGGUCUUGGAUGGUUUUCUUUUGCCUCAAAUACUGCUGAACCUGUUUUGGAACUCCAGAGAGAGAGCUCUCUCUUGUGGAUUCUACAUGGGAAACACUUUAAUAAGAUUGCUACCUCAUGCAUAUGAUCUUUACAGGGCUCACAAAUAUUUUCACCAGUAUGGUGGGUCAUACAUAUAUGCAAAUCCUGGAGCAGAUUUUUAUUCCACUGCUUGGGAUGUGGUUAUCCCCCUUGGGGGUUUGGUUUUGGCAUUGAUCAUUUACCUGCAGCAGAAGUUCGGUGGUCGGUUCAUCUUUCCUCGGAGGUUUAGAGAGUUGGAAGGGUAUGAAAAGGUGCCUGUGGUUAGUGACGCAUAAUUUCCAGAGGAAUCUUACAUUCCCCCAUCUAUGGCUUUUUACAUAUAUUGAGCAUGUUGUAUGUUUUGUAAGUUAUCUGUAUGAUCUCUUUAGGUUAUCUUCCUUGUAAUUGAGUUUAUGGCUCUGUCAA